GGGGCGGAAUAUUUCGGCAACGAAAUAUUCCGCCGACAAAUAUUAGCAAAAACUAGCAUGAGUUUUUAUAUAAAAUAAUCUCGGUUCCGGAAUAUUUUAAUGCCGAAAUAUUCCGCCACCAAGGGAGAGAAAACUCAUUCAAAAUAUCAUAUUACAGGUGGUUCGUUGCCAAGCAGAGGGUUGCCACGCCUCAUUGGGGAACCCUUACGUCCACGUAGUUUGCAGGUCGCAUGCUAACUGCGCCGUGCAAUUGGAAAACUACGUGGUCUGGCACCCGGACGCCUGUACGGUCUGCUAUGAGUUGGUGACGACUAUGUCCAACGACCAGACUGACUCGGCAUCAUACCAUGAGGCGAGGGUGGCCCUUCGUAAGUGGGUUGGGGGGUUCGGCAAAAACGUCCCUAAAGGUCAGCCAUAUGUUUUGGAUGCUGACCUCUGUUCGAUGAUCUUCUCGGGGGCCACAUUGACAACAGCGGUUCCCAGAGACAUCGCCAAACCCCUCAUCGAAGCUAUCCAGGCGGCGACGAUGACGUGUCUCGAAGAGCAGCAGGACCUCAUGGAAGACGUGGAGGCGAUUAACAUCAACGCCGAGCCAAUGGUCACGGAGGAACAGGUAGGUGGGGAGGUAAGUGGGGCGAGUACUCUUCCCAGUCCUUCUCCUUCUUCUUCUUCUUCAUCCUUUAAGGGCUUCUCUAAGCCCAAAGACAGACAAGGAAUUCAGUCAGUAACUCCAAAAGUCAAAAAGACUUUAAAGAAAGGUCUCAGACCUGUUCCGCCAGCGGCGAAGGAGUUGUCUAUGGCUUCACAACCAUCGACAUCAUCCGCCAAUCCGCCUGCUGCCAUGAAUCCUUCCCCUAAUAAGGGGACAGGAACAACUUCGUCAUUCUGUAAGGCGGCGGAGCAGGUGUUUGACCCAGAAGCCUUCACUAACCUUUUACUAACAAAGGUUAGUGGAGUGAUUGAUCAGAGGCUAGAUGCACGCCUUGGGCCGACACAGGACAUUGUCAAUCAAGCUCUCUUGUCAUUGACGGAGAGAAUUAGACCCGUUGAGGAGAUGCUCUCCGGUCUCCUCCAUUCAGGAACACCAGCCCUAUCAAUGAUGGUGCCGGAUGCUUCAAAGCUUUCUCCUUUUGACAAGGAGAACCCUUGGAGGUUAGCCCUACAUGCUCCCUUCACUGAAGGGAGACUGACAAUAGAAGGGUGCGGAACAAGACCAAUUGAAGAUUUUGAGCUUUUCCCAGCUGGUCUUAAGUUCCCUUUCCCAGGCUUUGUUAGACUAGCACAUGCGCUAGUCAGGAUUGAUAAAGUACCUAAAGAGAUGGUGAUCUUCCCUAGAGAACAGGCCCAAGCUGCCUGGGUCCGUUCUCUAUCAGAAUGGGGAUGCGUCAAUACUAAGCUGACGCCUCAUAAGGGGAAGUACACCAUGUUCGUCACCCCAGAAGGUAUUCCGUCACCUUGUACAUCUAAGGUGGCGGAGUUAACCUUACAAGCAGUGACUGAAGACAAGCCGAUGCCAGUCUUAAGGGAAACAGAGGCUACAUCUCUCCUUCUACCCACAGGGCUAGACUUUUUGGCUAACGCUCAGGCAACAUUUACUUUGGGUAAAUUAGAUCCGGAAUGCGCUUCAGAUCUAUUCUCUGAGAGACUGCCUAAACUCCCCGACCAUCUAGUAAAAGCGGAGUUUGAGGCAAGGUCAAGGUUAGCUAGAUCUAUCAACUCCGGUACUGCAGCGGAGUUGGUAGCAUCAACAUAUGAGGAUGAGCAAGUCUUUCGGGUCCUGACGAAAGCUGUUACAGACUUUCCAGGCCGAUUUAUACGACUUCGCCAUCGCUAGAAGAGCCUGUAGAAAACAUGUUUUGGCCGGUGCUACAGUAAAGCACGAGCCAAACAGAUUAAUUAAGUCAUCUAUUUGGGGAGAUAACCUCUUCCCCAAAGAGGAAAUCAACAAUAUACUGCAUGAGGCAGCAAGAGCUAACCAAAGCCUAAGAAUAAGAUGGGGCCUUCCCUUCAAACGACAUAAUGAAGAGACAACUCAGCAACCGAGGCCCAAAAAGAAGGCGAGAAUACGUCAACCCUUAUCAAACGGCCCGUCCUCAUGGGUAUAUGCAGGCAGUGCCGUCCACUUCCAAGACACCUACUCAACAAUACGUAUUUGUCCAAUCACCCUCGGAACCACAACCCUCUACUUCAUCACCAAUUGUGGCUUCCCCAGCAUUUAACCCUGCUUAUGAGGUGAGAGACACCUUUCGCCCAUAUAGCAGACAUGCUGGGAGUAGUCGAGCCAGAGGAGGCUCUCGAUUGCGAAGUGGAGCAAGAGGUAGAGGAUUCCGGGGAGGAAGAGGGACUAGACCAGCACCCAACCCGUGAGAUCUCCCAGGCAGUCCAUGGGCCCACAGUAUAGUCUCAAAAGGUCUAGGCUGGAAAUGGGAGAAGGGUCCUCCCCCUCCAGUCAGCUUCUUCCAGAAACCAACGGAAGACCUCUUGGAGUAUACCAAAGAUCUUCUUCAAAAACAAGCCAUAAAGAGGGUAAAAUGUAUAAGGUUUCAAGGACGGCUGUUCAGUGUCCCAAAGAAGGACUCGAACAAAAAACGAGUAAUUCUAGACUUGUCUCGUCUCAAUUCUUACAUUCACUGCGACAAGUUCCAUAUGCUCACAAUCUCGCAGGUGCGGACCUUACUUCCCCAUGGGGCCGUCACCACCUCUAUAGAUCUUACAGACGCCUACUAUCACGUUCCGAUAGCCAGGAACUUUUCUCCAUACCUAGGAUUCAAACUAGGCAAACAAGCCUACUCAUUCAAGGUAAUGCCCUUCGGGCUCAAUGUAGCACCAGGGUGUUCACAAAAAUAGGAAAGACGAUAGUUCAGGAAUUAAGGAAGAAAGGCAAUUAUUGGUAGCCUACCUAGACGAUUGGCUAAUUUGGGCGAACAACGAAGCGAAGUGCCGAAAGUCGACAUCCAAAGUACUAGACUUCCUAAAAUUUUUAUGGUUCCAAGUAAAUAUGGAGAAAUCCAGGCUGACCCCAGCAUCUCGGUUCCAAUGGUUGGGAAUCAAGUGGGAUCUGAGGAAACACAAGCUAUCUCUUCCGUCCAAAAAGAUCAAAGAAAUAGCGAAAGCUACAAGACGGUUUCUCAGAAACAGACGAUCCUCUCGCCGAGAACAAGAGAGGAUCCUGGGCUCUCUUCAGUUUGCAACCUCAAAUUCAGAGACAAAGUUUCAAAAAUUCCAAACAUUCUAAAAAAGGGACUUCAUCCAUGGACGAAACAGAGGAACCUAUCCAAAUCAGUUCCUCUACAAUUUCCUCCUCCAUCUCUGAUCAUCCAUACAGAUGCAUCUCUGAGCAGUUGGGGAGGAUAUUCACCUCUCAAGAAAGUCCAAGGAACAUGGUCAGAAACAUUCCGCCGAUUCCAUAUAAAUAUACUGGAAGCGAUGGCAGUGUUUUUAACACUAAAAAAGUUACGACCGUCCAAGAACAUCCACAUUCGAAUAGUAUCGGACAGCUUUACAGUAGUUCAUUGCAUAAACAGGAGAGGAUCCAAAUUCAACAAGUUGAAUCACGUAAUGAUAGCAAUAUUCCUCGUAGCAGAAAAGAAUCAUUGGCAUCUGUCAGCAAUUCAUCUGGCAGGAGUGAGGAAUGUGGUGGCGGACUCAUUGUCCAGAAUGACCCCAUUGGAAUCAGAAUGGUCGCUGGACAACAAUUCAUUCAAAUGGAUUACAACUCAGAUUCCGGGACUCCAAGUGGAUCUCUGCCUCAGAGUCCAAUCACAAGCUAGCUUGCUAUGGGGCUCCCAACAUGGACAACCAUGCCUUUGCCAUCGAUGCAAUGUCUCUGGACUGGAACAUUUGGGAAAGAAUUUAUCUUUUCCCCCCAGUGAAUCUUCUAUUGAAGGUACUGCACAAGCUAAGAUCAUUCAAGGGUCAGCUGGCACUAGUGGCGCCCAACUGGCCAAAAAGCAAAUUGGUAUCCCCUCAUCAUGGAGAUGAAACUCAAACCCAAGACUAUUCCAUUCCCGAACCUGACACAGAUAGUACAAACACGGACUGUGUCAGCUUCCUCAAGAAUUCUGAGUGCCCUAACUUUAUGGACUUCAUGAAGUUUGCUGCACAAAAAGAAGCAAACAUAGAUCCAUUGAAUAUCCUAUUUCUGGGCUCAGCUCGUGUCGGCCUAUGAAAUAUCCUUUAGAUCAUUAUUUCUAGGCAAAAUUAAUCUAAAAUUACCAGAGAAAAACAAAAUUAAGAAAAUGUCAGUAAAACUGACUCGCUCACUCUAUAAAAGAAGUGUCGGUAUGUGAAUAUAGGCGAGUGGGAUCACUACCACGAAUCAUUCACCAUUUAGACCUUCCAACAUAAAAUCCCCACCAGAGAGAGCUGAUACUAAAGGGUGAUGCAGCCGCUACUACUACUACUACCGACGCCACGGACAGCAGCGCCCCUAGCGGUCAUCCUUAAUCAUUAGGUUCGCAGCGCUUGAGUGCUUUUUCCUCUCGUGUUGUGUUUUUCGUAAUUUUACCUCGUCAUUACGAUGGAACGUGCAGCUAUCGCAUCGGCUAAGUUAAGUGCCUCAUAAGUAGUAUUUUACUGUUUUUUAGUCUUCCAGGGACCAGUAUUUUCCUUCCUAUAGGUCAUAUACGGUCUCCCGGUUGACUCGUGGCGGCUGCAUGCCGCUUCGUGUUAAGAUUUCCCGGUCUCCCAUACUGGGACAUCUUAUACUUAUGGGCUUACUAUAUUACGUUCAUCGUUUAUUACAUCGUUUUUAUAGCUAGGACAGCCCUUUUACCAUUUCUCUUAGUUUGGUAUUUAGGGCUAUACCGUGUUUCUGGCCCAGCAUCCCGGCUCUUGCUCUACAUCGGCUACCGCUUGCCUCCUCCUGGGCUUCUUUCUCUUUUACUAAAAGUGUCUUUUCCCCCUUUACGAUGUAUUAUCAGUGUUAUUUAGGGUGUUAGGCUAGCCUAGGUGCAUGUACCAUGUGUUGGUACAGUCUGGUUCACGUGGCCCCUCCAUGGUUGUGUUGCUAUCGCGGCUUAGGCCACCUGCGAUCACGUGUCCCAUAGCACCUUACCCUUCCCCUUCCCUCCCUACCAGGUAUAGGGAGGGGUCUGGGGGACUCCUUGGUUGCCAUGACAACCACAGUAGCCUUCCUCCCUCUCUCUCUGAGGAGGCCAGGAGCUCCCUCCCAGCUGGGGUACAGGGCGACCACUUGUCUCGGGUACCGGGUCACCGAGCGGGUAGCUGUAGGGACGGGGAGGGGUAGGCCACCCCCCCUCUCUCUCUCUCCCGCCGUGUUACGCCGGGACCCCCCACCUAUUGCUCAGUCCCACCCUUCCCCUACUGUAAUGAACGGAGCUUCCGAUGAAGCCGGGGUCCCCUUUGGUUAUAGGUUCGUCUGGCUCCGCCAGCAGGCGGGGUGGACAUUACUAGUGGUCUGUUGCUUGCCUACUAUAUCCUUUUUUCCGCUACCGGAGGAGAGCUCGCUCCUUACCCGGGCACUCUUCUAGUAGACGGAAAAAAUUUAUACUUCAUUAUAUAUAUAUAUAAGGAUAUACCCUAAUAUUACGGUGAAUUUUAGUUUUAAUUUAUUUAUGUGUACCAUCUCCGUCGUUCUCCGUCGUGGUUUCAUGGCUCCUCACCACUCCUGGUUGGAAUCUUUCUCCUGUCUCGGGCGUAGCCUUAGACAACUCCAACCGCCUAGUUACCACACGUAUUAUGGCGGGGCUCUGGUUUAAUCUAACUUUCACGCUCCGGCAUGCAGCGGAGCAAUUGUUAGGCUAAGUGUGCACCUGAUACUUAUGUAUCUCUCCACUUACAGGCUACCAACUGUCAGGUCCUGGGUUGCAACGCAACACUCUACGACCCCUGCGCCCAUGAGGAGUGUAGGACUCACGCCCCGUGUGCCACCACCCACAAUGGUCUGAUCGUCUGGCACCCAGAAGCUUGCACCAUCUGCUACGACCUUGUUAGUCAGCUGUUGGGUGGGGUAAGUCUACUCUUAGACUUCGUGGUCUUAUCACUAAUAACACUUAGUUUUAAGCUUUGUACAACCCUGUCUCCGCCGCUAGAAGCUUCAUUUCGCCUUCUCUUUCAGGCUGCCGCCGUGAAGGAAGUUGCCUUGGCAACCCUGAAGGCUUGGGUGGGCGGCUUCGGGAAGAACGCCGCCAAGGGCCAGCCGUACAUUCUCGACAAGAAGCUGGCCGUUCAGAUCUUCCCCGGUGGCAAGUCGACCGGCUAUGUUGACCCCAUCUCGGCAGCCCCUCUCAUAGCUUCGAUACAGCAGGAGGUGCAGCAGGCGUUCGGGUCCGU